CCGUGAUCAUGGCCGACUCCGAAUUGCCCACCCGCCCCAAGCCCGAGGAGACCCCCGCCGCCGCCGCGGACGCCCCCGCGGAGGGCGCGGAGCCCACCAAGAGCGCCAGCAAGAGCGCCGCCAAGAAGGCCGCAAAGGAGAAGGCGAAGGCCGAGAAGGCCGCCGCGCGCGCUGCCCAGGAGAAGGCUCAGGCUGCCGCCGCCGAAGCCAACGACACCGCCAAGGGCCUGUACGGCAAGCUCCCCGAGUCCGAAGAUGUCCUCCCCGCGACGAGAUUCUCCGAGAUCACCGACGAGCACUACGAGAAGGAGAUCACGGUCGUGGCCCGUGUCGAUAAUGCCCGUGUGCAGAGCGCCAAGCUGGCCUUCCUGAUGCUGAGACAGCAGGGUCAGAAGCUGCAGGCUGUCAUUGCGGCCGCGGAGCCCAUCUCGAGACAGAUGAUCAAGUUCACCGGCGGUCUCAAUGUCAACUCGAUCGUCCAGGUGACUGGUAUCGUCAAGAAGCCCGCCGUUUCGAUUUCCUCCGCUACCCUGAGCGACCACGAAGUGCACAUCCGCAAGGUCUACAUCAUCUCCGAGGCCGCCCAGAUGCUUCCCAUGCAGGUUAAGGAUGCCGAGAGACCGCCCCCGGAGACGACGGAGGAAGGACCCCAGGUCGAUGCGGACGGCGCUCCCAUUGUCACCCUGAAGACUCGCCUUGACAACCGUGUCCUCGAUCUCCAGACCGAGACCAGCCAGGCUAUCACCUGGAUCUCCAGCGGUGUGGCCCAGUUGUUCACCGAGUACAUGAUCAAGAGCGGCUCGCGGUGGAUCUUCACCCCCAAGCUGGUGGGUGCUGCUACUGAGGGUGGUAGCAACGUCUUCGAGGUCAAGUACUUCAAGAGAAACGCGUACCUCGCUCAGAGCCCCCAAUUGUACAAGCAGAUGUGUAUUGCCGGUGACAUGGAGAACGUCUUUGAGGUUGCUCCCGUUUUCCGUGCUGAAGACAGCAACACCCACAGACACUUGACUGAGUUCACCGGUCUCGAUUUCGAGAAGACUUUCCGCGCUCACUACCACGAGGUCUUGGAGUUCGCCGAGGACCUCCUCGUCUUCAUCCUCACCGAGAUCAAGGAGCGUUACAAGGACCAGAUCGCUAUCAUCCAGAAGUCCUACCCCAAGGCUGGUGACUUCAAGCUGCCCAAGGACGGCAAGGCCCUGCGUCUUAACUACAUGGACGGUGUUGCGUUGUUGAAGGAGGCUGGUGUGGACGUUUCCGAGCAGGAACGCUUCGAGAACGACUUCACCACGGCGAUGGAGAAGCAGCUGGGCCAGAUCAUCCGUGACAAGUACGACACCGACUUCUACGUGCUAGACAAGUUCCCCAUGGCCGUCCGUCCUUUCUACACCAAGGCCUGCCCGCAGGAUCCUCGCUUCUCCAACUCGUACGAUUUCUUCAUGCGUGGUGAGGAGAUUAUGUCUGGUGCUCAGCGUAUCAACGACAUCAAGGAGCUGGAGGAGUCCAUGGUUGCCAAGGGUCUUGACCCCAAGUCGGAGGGCUUCGAGGACUACCUCGCUGCUUUCCGCCAGGGAUGUCCUCCCCACGCCGGCGGUGGUCUGGGUCUGAACCGUAUUGUCAUGUUCUUCCUGGGCUUGCCUAACGUCCGGUUGACUUCGUUGUUCCCUCGUGACCCCCAGCGUCUGCGCCCUUAGACGAAUACCGAGAGAGACGACAUUAGACAAGGAUAUCAACUGGAUAAAACAAUAUAAUGGAGUGACG